AUGAUGCAUGGACAGGUGAAUGGACAAGCAGAUGGUCAAACCCAUUACCAUCCCUUCUCCAUUACAGCCCCAGCUGAGCCAGAGGAGCUGCGCCCGCGCUCAGAGGAGCCCCAACCUGAGUCCCCCCAAACAGAGGCUAUCCCAUCUGAGGAGCCCCCGGCGCGGGCAGUGCUGGGGGAGCUGAGGGUCUCCAACGUCACCCCCAACUCCGUGGGGCUGCAGUGGAGCGUUCCCGAGGGCCCCUUCGACUCCUUCAUGCUGCAGUACCGGGAUGCCCAGGGCCAGCCCCAGGCCCUGCCCAUGGAUGGUGGGUCCCGCUGGGUGACGGUGCCGGGGCUGUCCCCGUCCCGCCGGUACCGCUUCCACCUCUACGGGCUGCGGGGCGGGAAGAGGAUUGAGCGCGUCUCCAUCGACGUCUCCACGGCCACAGCAGAGCCAGAGCA